GUCAGAUGGUGGUGUGAAUGCAGCCUUAUAGCAAAUUAUAUUAUUCAUUUAUCAUUCAUGGCAGAUUUGUUGUAAAUCAAGUGGUGUUUGUACAUGCCAUACAACAUAGACAGCUACUUUCUGCAACAAAUGUAUAAAAACCUUGAUAUAAUGUCGAUAGACCUCCAAUUAACAAAUGUUCUUUGCUUUCCUUAGAUUAUAUAAUCCUUGUUCUUCUGAGAAUUGCUUCUGUCUGGAGGGAGGAGUCUGGGUUCGGGGGGUGUGUCCUCUGGACCUCUCACAGGUAUUACCACCUCCUCCUAAGCAUCUCACCUAGAUAUGACAUCACAUCUGGCUUACAGUAUAUAAGGAGCUCUGAUGAAGGGAUCAGUACAGGGGGAAAUCUCUUAGUAAGAUCAAGUAAGACCAAGAGAAGAAGACAUCUAUCCAGUGUGACCUCUUCAAAUUCAUCUUAUCAAAAUGGUUGGACUGAGACCCUCUGACAUCCCCCCAACCCCAGCUGUAAAGUUCUUUGGUGCUGGCACUGCGGCAUGCAUAGCUGACCUCUUCACAUUCCCCUUGGACACUGCAAAAGUCAGACUACAGAUACAAGGAGAGUCAACAGUGUCAGGGGCAGUCACUGGAAUCCGAUACAAAGGAGUUCUUGGCACUAUGCGGACAAUUGUGAAGACUGAAGGACCAAGGAGCCUCUACAACGGAUUAGUGGCCGGAUUGCAAAGGCAAAUGAGUUUUGCUUCUAUUAGAAUUGGGCUGUAUGAUACAGUCAAACUCUUCUACACCAAUGGGAAAGAGAAAGCCGGGAUUGUAAGCAGAAUACUUGCUGGAUGUACGACAGGAGCAUUGGCUGUCACAAUAGCCCAGCCAACUGAUGUGGUAAAAGUCCGAUUCCAAGCUCAGGUCAAUCUUCUUGGGGUGAAGAAGAGAUACAGCGGUACAAUGGAUGCUUACAAAACCAUUGCAAGACAAGAAGGAAUGAAAGGCCUAUGGAAAGGAACAUUUCCAAAUGUGACGAGAAAUGCAAUUGUCAACUGCACUGAACUGGUGACCUAUGACCUAAUAAAGGAAGCCCUGCUGCAGUACAAACUAAUGACAGAUAACCUCCCGUGCCAUUUUGUAUCGGCCUUUGGAGCUGGCUUUUGUACUACUGUUAUUGCCUCCCCAGUGGAUGUGGUAAAGACAAGAUACAUGAACUCCCCUCCUGGACAGUACACGUCAGCUAUUAACUGUGCAUGGACCAUGCUCACCAAGGAGGGACCUACUGCAUUUUAUAAAGGGUUUGUACCUUCAUUCUUGAGGUUGGGAUCCUGGAAUGUUGUCAUGUUUGUGUCUUACGAACAACUGAAGAGAGCAAUGAUGAUGUCCAGACAAGGGGUUGAAUACGCAGUGUGAGAUUCCAAAGUCCCGAAUGUACCCCAAGACUCACAAAAUGAAAAAAUACUAUAUAAGACUGUGUUGCAUGACUAUUCCUAAUACAUUAUUCAUGUAUAUACUGAGGGAGUGGUAGAAGAUACUUGUAAUCGGCAAACACAGCAACUUGGUGAAGGCAGAGCUCGCCCUUAAAAUGGGACCUAUAGUCUGUGAACAGUGUAUUGGUAUAUGAUACAUACCUUGUACAUGCAGGUCUUGAAACCACUGUUGCUAUGACUGUGUAUAGGAGUUGGGAGAGUAGGUUAACAUAUUGUCCUAGAUGUUAUAUUGUUUUCUCAAUUGUAGAAGCUGGUUCUUCUAUUUAAAAUAGUAGUGAAAAAUAGUUUCAACAACACUGCGUUCCCAAUAUUAGUAUAUCUUUUGUAAUAAGAGCUGUCUGGUUGAGUUCUCUGUAGGAGCCCCAUGAGCAGAACAUGAGCCCCAUGAGUCUUGAGCUGGCCAUAUACAUCAGAUUAUUGUUGGCUGAAAAUCUCAUGUCAAUGAAGCUCUCCUGACUCCCCCUUGACAGAUGAUGUUGGGGCAGAGAAGGGUUGGGCAGUUAGAUUUCCACAUGCUUGACCAUUUUGUUCCCAGGGGACAUAAGGUGCCACCAUACAGUGUCUGGCAUUGGCCACUGAAAAUGCAUAAAGCUCUGUCGAGCCAAGCGUGCAGGUCUAUAUGUCUAUAGGGUGGUUGGAAGAGACAGCUAUUAGUCAAGCACAAUCUAAAUUGUAUGGCCAACAUUAGAUGCACCUUAAUAUGCAUAAAAUCUACAGGAAACUAGAUCUAUUUCAUGGUUUUGUAGAAUGUAAAAACUAGGCUGGAAGACAAGCCAGAAAAAGUCUGAGCUUUUUGUUUGUAUGUUUAUAUUUAUUUCAAAUUGGAAACAUGCUAAA